UGAAUUCCGACGCGGAGCAGAGCUAGACCAGACCGAACCACUGCUAGCAUUCAACCAACGCAGUUCAGUGGCUACGAGCAACGACGACAAUUAGUGAUUAGAUCGCUCAAUCUUGUGAGUUCAGCCCCAUUCAACGACCGCGAAACAAGUGUGUUGCCUUGAAACCAGGAAAAAAAAUCGAGUUAUCACAAUUUCAAAAAAACGGCGGCCCAUCCGCAAAACGCGCACAGCACAAAAUAUAAUUUUUUCGCGAACCGAUACGGAGGGAAAUAUGUUGCGUGUAUAAGUGCAACGAUCGAAAGCCAAAAAAUAAAGCAGGGAAACAAAAUCGCUCCUGGUGCAAGAACGUCGUCCAAUACUUGAGAGCUACAUGUAAGCCGCUGACAACUCUUGACACAAUCAGGCAGAAAAAAUAACGAAACCAAAGGAAAAGAAAAAGUUCCUACCCACCACAAUAAAUGGGCGAAUGCGCAAAAGUAAUAAGUGAAUUAUCGACGACGAAAUAAAAAAAAUAACGCAAAAGUAAACACACGACUCACACUUGUGGUAUUGUGGCAUCAACGACUGACGGCUAGUUAGUGGAGGUACCCAGCGAUUUUGGCCACAUUCACUGAACGCGAAUCGUUUUACGCGAAAAAUAUAUUUUGCACUAAACACUGUUGAUCUCGCUCGGAACUCACACACGUUCUACUGCUGCGGCUUGGAGAAACAACGCGCGCUCAAAACAACACAAACCCUUCUUCGUUUCACGUGGUGGUUCUCUCGGGAUUCCUCUUGUUUGUUGCCUGCCUUGUCUGGGGCACCGGUUCGCAUACGAACAACGUACAUAUAAAUAAUAAUGGCAGAUCACAACAACGAGAUGGACGAGAUGAAGCACUGCUACGAGAACCUUAUCGUGGUCGAUGUCGGCGCCAAUUUGACCAACAAAAAGUACAUCCGUGACCUGGACUCGGUGAUACAGCGGGCGAAAGAUUCUGGUGUCCAAAAAAUUAUGGUCCCAGGCACGUCGGUCAAAUCAAGCAAAGAAGCGCUCCGAUUAACGCGUAUUUAUCCGGGAAUCAUCUACUCGACGGCGGGAAUUCAUCCGCACGAUUCCAAAUCGAUCCUGGAGGAGCCGAGCACGUGGCACGAGUUCGAGGUGAUUGCCGGGGCACCGGAAUGUGUGGCCAUUGGGCCCUGUGGGCUGGACUAUCAGCGCGAUUUUAGCGAACCCUGCACCCAGAAGGAUAUCUUCGAGCGGCAGCUGAAGCUGGCCUGCGCCCUUCAGAAACCGAUUCUGAUCCACGAACGAUCUGCCCAGGACGAUGUGCUGGAAAUACUGUCGAAAUUUCAACCUACACCGCAGAUAGUAAUCAGAGGUUUCAUGGGUACAACGGAAGAAGCGCUCAAAUAUCUACAGCGAGAUUACUAUAUAUCGUUGACCGGGUAUCUUUGCAAGGACAAAUCCGAUACCGGGGUCCGCAAACUGCUCGAGGAUGGUCGUCUGCCUUUGGAGCGCCUGCUGGUGGAAACCGACUCGCCCUUCAUGUACCCUAACACCCGCGCCUCCAAACUGCCGCAGCACGUUAAAACAGGCCUCACGGAACGAUCCCUGCUGUACCUGCAUCGCUACUGUACCUUCCAGCGGAACGAGCCCUGCAGUCUGCCGGCCAUCGUCGAAAUGAUUGCCGCUUUCAUGAACAAAAAACCGGAAGACGUCGGCCUGUCGACGGCAUUCAACGCACUGAAACUUUUUGGACUGUCCCAAUGAUGACCGCGAAAUGGACGAUGAACGAAUAGAAAAUUUUACAUUCAGAAUCCAACGAAAAAAAAAAGAAACUAAAUACUAACUAACGAAAAAACGAACUAUUAUCACUAAUACUGAAGCUGUAUGUAACCCCUUGGUUCUCUUUUUAUUAUAUUAGAAACGAAACGAUUUCACUUCCUGGUAGUGACAAAACCGAUAGAUUCCUAUAAAGUAGUUGUAUUCUUUUAAAUACAUUUUAUUGCAUUGUUUCUCAUUCGGAAAUUGUUGAAUUUGUCCUAUUUAUGUCUUGCCCGAACGUAUGUAGGUAUAGUUAUGGAAGGUUAUAUACAUAGUAUUUCGAUAAGUUGAAAAAAUGAAGUUAUAUUGGUUGCUCUACUACGCGUAAUGAUUGACACGAUAUAUAGGCUGCUCAAAGAGCUACACUCUCAUCAUAGUUCUUAGACGUUAAGAUUUCGUUGCUCUUAGUUGCUAGGAAUACAAAUUUUGUAGUUUAAUGAAUAAAGGAGCAUGAAAUAUUUGAUUUAUAUAAAUUUGAUAGAAAAAACAUUAGAAUUUUAUGUUGUGUACGUGAUGUGAAAGACUGAAGUUACUGAAAAGUUAGUAAAAAAAUGAGAAUUUGUAAUAACAUAAAGCAAUGAUUAGAUGAUAAACCAAAUUGAUGAUUGACUAAGCUAAUCUAAGCGAGAUCAACUAAAACGAAAACAAACAACAAUGAUAACCUUUAAACAAUUUCUUGCUUUUCGAGGCAUGGUACACGAUUCAGGGAAGCAAAAUCUCAAUAGUUAACGUAACGAAACUUUUACUACAUUCCUUGUGACCGGCCAGUCCUCGAAAAGUGAAUCAAUUGUUGAUUGGUUGAUUGAAGUGAGAAGCUUCCGAACGUGGAAAAAUAUAAACCCACAUCAACUUUGUAGUUGGAUGCUAUUAAUCGGACGUCAGGAUUAGAACGAAACGAUUGUUCUUGAAACUUGGUAGUAUAUCUAGUAGGAUUAGGGAAUUGAAUGAGUUAAGCCCUUCAUAGUUAGUUACGCGAAACCCUUUGCAAGUGAUUGAUUUUUCGCACCAAAUUCAGUUUAUAUGUAAUCAAGAUUUUCUACUAGAGGGUUCCAAAAGCCCAGCAUAUGUAAUAUAUAUGUUACUAAGGAAGAAAGUGCCAUAAUAAAUGUAUAAUCUUGCUGUAAAGAUUCUAAUACGAAGAAAAAAAAUCAUGUGACACUCCUUAUUCAUAGUGUAAAUUAUUCUGAGAUUGUAAUAAAAACGAAUAUAUAUUUUUACAA